UAAUGUUUAUUGUUAAGUCCCACUUUACAUCAUCUGAGCGUGUCCCUUGUGACGGUAUUUGUGUUUGUAUCUUGACUGUUUCUGAAGUUGUCUAUUUACUUGCUGAAAUUACCUAAACAUAUUUUAAAAGAAAUUGUCUAACGUCCAAAAAAACAAUGUUCUGUCUGUUUUUCAUGGCUUAAGUGCAAUUUCCGUGUGAAGAAUGGAAUGUCAAAUCCGAAGCAUGGCAUCGUCUCCUUUGACUGAAGAUGUAAACAUACCUGAAGGAAAAGUUGAAGCAGUUUGUAAAGAAUGGCUGGUGAGGGAAGAUGGUGUGCUUGCAUAUAAACUUCAAAAUGAAGAAAUUCAACAUCAUUAUGGUCACAAUAAGGAACGGAAUCAACUUGUUCGAUCUGAUUUCUUAGAAGCUCGUACAGCACAAAAGUCGGAAGAGGAGGAAGCGCUAGCCAUGCAGAGAGCUUAUGAAAGGAUGCUGAAAGAGCAGGAAGAUCAAGAUGCUUUUCUUGCUCAACAACUUCAAGAAAAGAUUUUGCAAGAAGAAUUGGAACGUCAAAGAAAAAUUGAAGAGGAAGAUCAGAGAAUAGCCUUGGAGUUGCAAAGAAAAGAAAAGCUGCGACUGCAAAGAAAGAGAGAAGAAAGAGAAAUGAGACAAACUGAGAAGGCUAGAGCAGAACUUUCUGGAGCUUCAAACUCAUCCAGUGUUAAGUCAAUGGAGGAUGUAGUAUGUUUAAGAGAAACUGUUGUGAAUGAUGUAAAGAAAGAUUUCUCCUUGCUUUCAUUGGAGCCACCAGAUAAUCUCACUCCAGAAGAAUUCCAAGAAUUUGUUCAGCGACGAGAUGCAGAAUUAGCAAGGUUGCUUCAAGAACAAGAAACAAAGAUACCAAGUGAAAGUGUUGAUGAUCGACGAAUUGCUAUUGAGGUUCAGGAUCGAGAGCUGGCUAAAAUGCUUCAAGAACAGGAAAGAGCUCGAGCAAAGAAAGCCAGAGAAAAAGCUCGCCAAAAAGCAGCUCUAGUGCAACAACAAGAAAGUAAUAAAUCCCCAGAUUCUGGCUCUGGAAGUUUAACAAGGGAUAUAAGUGGUAAAGAGAAAUUAAGGAGCCCAGAGUGGUGUUCUGCAGACCGUCGGAACUUUGCCUCUAAUUUUUCUGGUGAUCCUGUUACUAAUAUUGCUGCUGCCAUUGAUCCUACCUUCAACUGCAGCCACUCACCAACUGUAACAUCUCCAGUGUCCCGACUUUCCUCUCCCGCUGUACCCUUUUCUUCUUCUGUAACAGAAGUACCACCUUAUACUCCAAGUGGUAACGGAGACAACUUCUUCACCCAUGAUGAUGAUGGCAGUCCUGCACCUCCUUACAUGCCAAUCCAAGGUACACGUAGGCCCACUUCUCUCGAAAAGUGCAAAAAAUCCAAGAAAGACAGCUGCAAGACUCAAUGAUUCAAUUAUAAUGCGAGAGACAAAGCAAAUUCAAAGUUAAGACAUUUCUUGCUGUUCUAGCAUUAUUUCUUUUAACUGUUAUAUAAGUGAUUUGCAUUGAGCUAGAGUGAAAGAUAACUAUCACUCAAGGGCAGAAAAAUAUGCUUAGGUUUGUUUCACAAAGUUAGAAAAAUAUUGUUUCUUCGCAAACAAGUUAUUUGAGGGCAAGUUGAAAAAGAAUGAGAAUGCAUUUAUUAUGCAAUGUAUUUAGAAUGCAAAUGCAUUUUAUAGACCUCUCUGAUUGAUUCAUUAUGGUCUGCCAAUUCUGAAAUGCUUAUUGGUGCCCAUCUUUUUUUAGAACUGCUUCUGCCUUCUUCAGAGCAAUGAAUGAAUUGAAACAUUGGUAUGUAGUUCCAGUUUUUAAAGGAAUGAAGUUACACUGAGUUAUAUAUGGACAGUAUAGAUGGAAGUUGCAAUAUGUGUUCAGCAUUCUAUAAGGAUGAGGGCACUAUUAUUAUAAGUUUUCACACCUAAAAGAUUAUCAUUACUUUCAUGUCAGCAUUGCUAGUUUCUUUUAAUUAUAUUAAUAUUUCAUUUUAAAGUUAUACAAGAAAUAUUUUUUAAUGGAUCAAGCAAUUUUUAACCAUGAUAAAAUAAUGUGGAUGACAUUUAACCUAUGAGAAACUUAAUGUGUACUAGGCUCUUGUACCUACAAUAUCUUCCAUGCAAUUGGAUCCUGAACUAGGAUUCUCUAAUUCAGUGUCUAGUCUGUCCAAAUGUAGUGUCUAGACUGCAAUCUGCAGUGUUGCCAGAUAAAUACAUAAAUUCAUUUUAUAAAUCCGACAAAAACUGAUAAAUGUAUAAAUAGUGCAUCAAAAUGUUUUUAGCCAUUUUAUUUUAACCAAGUAAUAAAAAAUAUAAAUUUAUUCUCAAUCUUUUUUUACUUGCCUAUAUUUUUGAUAAAAUUGAGUUAACACUGCCAUCUCUGAACAGAAAGUUUAUUUAACGACCUGAUCACUGGUUUAUCUCAACUUGUCAGUAUGUAAUCAUAAUUGUGCAUGAAAUUACUGCUGAGCUUUUGAAAUAAUAAUUGUAAUAAAUGUUACAUUUUACUUAGUAAGGAAAAGUUUGUGUCUCAUCAUGAUAUACAUUUAUCAUGACCAUUUAUCAUUGUUAAUUUUUUUUUAUUUUGCACUGUGUGCAUAUAAUAUUUGAGAUUUAUUUCAGUAAUUCAAAUAAAUAUCACUGAUAGAGAGUAUUUCGAAACUAUCUUCAGAAAAACUUUAAAAGUCUUAAAAUAUGACUAAUUCCAGAUCUUGGCUAAUAUUGCUAACAAGUAAAGAAAUGAAUGACUAUCUGUCUAAAAUUUUACUGUAUGAAUUUUCCAAACACAUUUUAUGAUGACUGGCGUGACAUAUUCUUAAUGACUUCUAAAAGAUUUUAAUUCAGUAAUAUAUUUCUAAAUAAUGUUUGAAGUCAUUUUUUUUUUCUUUUUUUGGAAAGUAAAUAAUAACUUUUUUUUUAAUGUUGAAUUCUUGAAACUUCUUCUUUAAGUACAUUUUUUAAACCCAAACAAUAGUUUUUUUAGUGAUCAGUUAGUGAAAAUAAACAACAUAUUCUAAACAUGCAUAAUUAGAAUAAUUAAUUUUGUGAUUAGAUUUGUGUUCAUUUUAUACAGCCACUGUAUGUAAUGCCCUCAAUUUUUCUAUGUAGUUCAUGUUCAUCGUCGUAAAAUUGUGUUUUAAUUUUUUUUUCUGUUAAACAUUCCUUUUUAAAAAAAUAAAUUGAUAAUUUUCAUCAAAUAUUUGUACCACAAUUUUUGAGAAAUCAAUUCUUAAUGUCCUGGAAUGUUGAGAUCUUAUGUAUUCUCUGGUGAUUAUCUGUGAUGCUUUGUAUCAUUCUUUUUAUCUAUUUUGAUGAAAGAUCAAAGAUUAUUUUUGUUUUAAAUUACAAAAUAGUAGUUUUUACUAUUUAUAGAAUUAAACUGUUAUAGAAUAAACACAUUUCAUUUUAUUUCAUUGAUGUACAGUAUGGAAAAGAAAAAUAUAUUUUCUGAAUAAAUAUUUUUAAUUUUUGAGUACUCCUGAUAAAAUCUAUCUAGCUUGCUUGUGAUAUAAUAGUUAUAAAAAAUAUUUAUGGUAAGAAGUAUUUUUUGAAAUUUUAUAUCCUAUGGGAUUUUAAAAAGCUGUAGCAUAUAAAACAUUUUGAAUGAACUUUUUGUCUUGUGCUGUUUUAAAAAUAUUGCUUCUGCAGAUAUAGUGUUAUAAUUUAUUGUAAUCUUUUAUUAUUAAAUACUUUGUGAGAUUUUGUCUACUAUUUAACUGUUACUUUUUUCAAUUAGCAACUUUUUAUUAUUUAAUUUCCUAUGCAACUUAACUUCAGAUUUUAUAUGACGUUUUUACGAACCUAAGUAUUUAGAGUAAUUUUUUUGCAGUGAUUUUGAAAUGCAUUUUAUACUGAAACUUACCAUUUUGAUCAUGCAUGUGCUACAUAACAAAGUUAGCUUUAUGGUGAAAGUUGAGUAAUUAAUUAUGUUUGAAUGAAAUUUUAUUUUAAAUCUAAAUGCAUUGCUUAUUAGAGGUUCUGGGUGUUUUUUUGUGAUGGACAUAAUAAAGAGCAUUAUUUUCUCAAAGAAACCAUUUUAUGAAGCCAAUUAUUGGAAAUGGCCUAUUCCUCUGCUCAAUGGCUCAAAGAAAUGGAUUUCUAGGAAAUGUUGUCGGUAACUGUAAAAUACUGAUGUUUAAUAAUCAUAAGUAUCAAUUAAUUAAUGAAGACUGGAUACAGUCAAACAUUUGAUUCAUAUAUGUCACACAGUUAUACCUUUAAAAAAUGGCAAAUAAAUAUAAUAUUAAAAACAAUAACUAGCAUACUAACUCUUCUUGACUAUAUGUCAAGAAAAUAAGCAUUUGCUAGAAGUAGUACAUGCAUGGUAAAUGAACAAAACAUAUAAAGUGUGUAAAACAUUAGUUUUUGUUUGUUUUUAAUUUGAUUUAUUAUAAGAGGCUUCAUUUUAAAAUCAUGUCUAUUCUUUUAUAAAAAGUGCCUCUAAUUUUAUUGUUAUUUAUUCGCACUUAGUAUUGAUAGUAGCUAUAUAACCUGCAAGAAAUUGUAUCGUCACACAUUGUUUAUUUGAAGAACCUUUUUAUGAAGUAACAAAAAUUAUGCAGAGUUUAUCACUUUUAUUAAUGUGUAUUUAUAAAAGUGAUGUUUUAGAAAUAAAUUAGUUUUAAAUACUAGAUUGGGAACAAAAAAUAUAAUUUGUUUUAUAGGGAAGCAAAAAGACUCACUUAAUUUUAUAUAAAAUACAAAAAUAACAAUUUCAUUUCUAAUUCAUUGUUAUUCAUGAUUGAGGAUCAUUCUUAAUACUUUUCUGUGCAGUUUUUAAAAAAGAAAUUAUUGGGAUAUUAUUUCACUUUGUUUUCAGAUUUUAUUUUUACAUUUGCAUGUAUUCUAUUGCUUAAAAUCAAAGCUUUCUGUUGAGAGAUGCCUGUUCACAUUUGGAAAAAAAAGAAGGGGCAAUUGUCAGAUAUCAUUGCAGUCUCUAAAGCUUUAUUUUUUGUGAAGGGAAAUAAAAGGAAUAGACUAAUGUUAGGGAAUUAUUAAGUAAUGAAGAAUAGAAAUUGAAUUUUGCUUCAUUUUAUGUGCCUCACUCUAGGCACAAUUAAUUGCAUAAAGCAUUUCAAAAUGGUAUUUGCUUUCAUGCCAUUUUCUUACAAGCAUAAAAUCAUCAUGAAUAAUAAAAUAAAAUCUGUAAGUUAUGUUUCUUUUUGCAUAAUGAAUAGGAAAAGCAAAUUCUAUUUUACAACAUGUUGUGCCUUUUCUUGAAGAGCAAAUAUUUUUUAGAAUUUAAAAAAAAAAAAUUCCAACUGAAAUUUAAUUUUAUUUUAUCUGAAAUUGAAUAUAAUUGCAAAAUUUGAUCAUUGCUAAGUACAUGAGACAAAUUUUUUUUAAAUCUAAUGAGCUGCCUUUUUAUAUGUAUAUUUUUAAUUUUAAAAAGACUUUGUGAAUACUUUAAAUAUAUAUUUAGGUAUAUGUUAUAAUUCAUUUUCCAAAGAUUUAUUUUUUUAUUAUUUCUAAAUCGAUAUUUGAAUGAUGAGUGCCUUUUCUAGAUUUGUUAAUCUAUUUGUAUAUUUUCAGAAAUUUCUUAUAAAUUGCAAGGUGGAUGAUAAAAAUGAAACAUUAAUUUGAAUAAUUCAAUUUCUUUGUUAGCAUUUUUCUUUAUGUCAAAUACCUUUUUUCAAAUUUUUAUGUGAUAUAUUAAAUUGAUGUAUUUUCUUUUCAAUUCUAAUUUGUUCUCUUAAAAUUACAUUAAUAUAUAAAAUCAAUUAUGUUUUAUUAAUUUUUCUUAUAGUGCAAACACUUCUCCACUUUUAUAAUAAAAGGACAAUUAUUUUACUUUUUUAAAAUUCACUUUCUGUAAUUGACUUUCCAUAUUUUAAUUUUAGGGAUUUUUUUUAAUCUAACAUAGCAAUUCUUGUUCAGACAUAUAUUUUAUGGGAAUUCCUUUAUCAUGCACUUUUAUUACAUAAGACUUUCUUUUGUUUGAAAAGAAGUUCCAUAUUCGAUUUUUGUGUAGUUGUAUAUUGUUGGUGACAAUACACAAAUAUACAAAAUUGUGUGUAUUGUUAAUGACAGUAAACUAUUUUAAUAAUUUCAGAAUUCAGUUAACAGUUAAUAGAUUUAUUUGAUUAAAAUUAGAUCCAAUCUGCAUAAUAUUAUAUGACUGUAAAUUUAAGGUGACAUGAUUUUAAGAUUGCAUAAUAUUUAUAAAAUUAGAGAUUCACGUACCUAAAUAUAUUCUAUUUUUUGUAGUAUCCUAUUAAGUGCAUCAUACUUGCAUUUUUUUAUUAAGGUGCUGUUCUCAAAACUAUAUUUAAAAUGUGCAUUAUAUUGGGGGAAGGGAUGCAAUUUCUUAUCCAUUUAUGAUCAUUGGACCAUUGAUAAUCAUUUACAAAACUGCCUGUAAUAUUGGCUAAAAAUAGAAAUUAAUUUUAGAGUGCUUAAUACAAAGUAAUUUGAUGAAUCAAAUUCGUCAUUAAUUGGAAUUUGCAUCAGUUUCAUUAAAUUUUUUACUGACUGAAUAAAAUAUCAUCAAUAAUUCAAAUUUAAACAACAUUUAUAGUUUUCUUCCCCCUUUCCUCUUAUUUUUUAAUUAUUUUCAUUUAUUACUUUUUGCUCUCCAUUAUCAGGUAUGAAUAACUUUUAAAGCCUUUAAGUCACUGGAGAAAUUUAUUCACUCUGCUAUGUAAUCAAACAAAAAUAAAAUCUCACAUCUUAAAAAAAAAAGUUAAAUAUUAAUUUUCUUUUUUAUUUUGAAGUUUUAUUGUAAACUGUUGUAUUCAAAAUAUUGUAUACUUUUUAUUAAAAUUAGGGCUUAUUUAUUAAAAUUAUUACUUUUAGAAUUUUUAAAAAAUAUUUUAAAAGUUUUCUAAUUGUUACAUUUAAAUAGUUAAAGACUUUUAGUUUAAAAAUUGUUUCCUCUUGUGUUCAUUUUUCCUUAAUUCGAAUUUUUACUAUGAACAUAUCUUCAAAUUAGUCAAAUUGUGUUGCAGUUUUUUUUUUUUUUUUUUUUUUUUUUCCAUGUUUCAUUUCUUAUUAUCAUGACUUCAACUUUACUUCUUAUUUGGCAAAAACGUAACUGCAUACUUGUGGGGAAAAGUCAUUUUACUUGGUAGGUGCCAUCAUUUUUUUUUCAUUGGUUUUCACUUUAUUACAGGGAUAUUUUUACUUUUUAAUAUUUUGUUAGAAUAUAAGUUGUUAGUUCUGUGUGGAGUUUAUUACAUAUAUCUCUUUUUUGAACACUUUGAAACCAAUGUUUCAAAAAAUAGAGCUUCUUUGUAUAAAUUUUCUAUACAUGUUGUUUAGUUUUACAGAUUUCUACUUUUUUUAUAUUAUGAUUGAUGAAACAUAUUAUUUAUUUCAGAAUUGUAUAUUUCUAAAUAUAAACAACUGUGCUAAUUACACAAAACUAUUUGCAUGUGUGUAUGUGUAUAAAGAGUAAAGAACACUGGUAUCGAUCGUAUUAUGCUCUCAAAUAUGUACUAAGUAAUGGUAUUUUAUAUUCAAAAUAAAGUGUU